AUGUAUUUAAUCCUCUCCAAAGCCAAACCCCCUCCACCAAACAUCACUAGACAAGAGCGAUUGGCCCUCCAAGACCUGAACAGGGACACAGACAUCAUCGUGCUCCCAGCCAACAAAGGCAACACGACAGUAGUUAUAAAUACAUCAGACUACAAGAAAAAGAUGAAGAACUUUCUCUCGGACAAAGCAUACAAAAAGCUUGAUAAAGAUCCGACUAAUACAAUCGCACAAAAAACCAAGACCCUAGUGGAGGAAAGCAACGUUCCCAGUAAAACCAAAUCGACAUUAAAACCUGCAAAUCCUCUCCCACCAAGACUGUACGGACUACCAAAAGUACACAAACCAAACAUUCCCUUCAGACCGAUUGUCAGCGCCAUAUACUCCCCGACGCACAGCCUAUCCCGCUUCCUAGCACAAACACUACAACCCCUCACUGGAAAAACUGAAUCAUGCAUCACUAACUCGACGGACUUUAUAAAAAAGAUCCGACUACAUCCCACAGACCUGCUCAUAAGUUUCGAUGUAGAAUCCCUUUUCACACAAGUACCAAUAAAAGACACACUAAACAUAAUAAAGGCAUCACACAAAGUCCCCUUUGACCUCAUCCCGCUAAUAGAGCACUGCUUAACAACCACCUACUUCUCCUACAACAACCAAUUUUAUGAACAAACUUCAGGAGCGGCAAUGGGCUCCCCUAUCUCUCCUGUAAUCGCCAACAUCUUCAUGGAGCACUUCGAGAAAGAGGCCCUCGGAAAAACACCGAAAAAGCCAGAAGUUUGGUUCCGCUAUGUAGACGACACAUUCGUAAUAUGGAGACACGGCAGAGCAGAUCUCCGUAAAUUCCUUAUUUUCCUCAACAAACAACAUCCAAAUAGCCACUUCACCAUGGAUAUAGAGGAAAACGGAAAACUCCCCUUCCUAGAUGUUCUUGUCUCCAAGAAAGCUGACGGUACCUUAGGGUAUCAUCAAGUGUACAGAAAACCAACACACACAGACAGGAACAACAGACCGAAUCGGCAGGAUAUUAAACAAACACAACAUCCAAACUAUCUUCAAACCAUCCAAAAAGAUACGACAAAUCUUAAAAAAUCCCAAAGAUCAAAGACCUCCACUCAGCUCCGCAGGAGUAUACAAAAUACCUUGCUCCUGCGGGCAAGUAUACAUCGGAGAAACCGGGAGAAUGGUCAACCUACGGAUAAAAGAACACCAACGCGAUGUCAGGCUAAAACACGCCACGCAGUCGGCACUAUCAGAACACAAUAUCGAAACAGGACAUCAAAUACAGUUCGAUAA